AUGCCGGCCCUCGCCGUCGCCGCCUGCCGGUGCUCGCCGCCGCCGCCUGGUCGCCGCCUGCCGGUGCUCGCCGCCGCCGCCUGGUCGCCGCCUGCCGGUCCUCGCCGUCGCCGCCUGCCGGGCUCGCCGCCGCCGCCUGGUCGCCGCCUGCCGGUCCUCGCCGUCGCCGCCUGCCGGUGCUCGCCGCCGCCGCCUGGUCGCCGCCUUCCGGUGCUCGCCGCCGCCGCCUGGUCGCCGCCUGCCGGUCCUCGCCGCCGCCGCCUGCCGGUGCUCGCCGCCGCCGCCUGGUCGCCGCCUGCCGGUCCUCGCCGCCGUUUGGUCGCCGCCUGCCGGUGCUCGCCAUUGCCGCCUGGUCGCCGCCUGCCGGUCCUCGCCGUCGCCGCCUGCCGGUGCUCGCCGCCGCUGCCUGGUCGCCGCCUGCCGGUGCUCGCCGCCGCCGCCUGGUCGCCGCCUGCCGGUGCUCGCCGCCGCCGCCUGGUCGCCGCCUGCUGGUCCUCGCCGUCGCCGCCUGCCGGUGCUCGCCGCCGCCGCCUGGUCGCCGCCUGCCGGUCCUCGCCGCCAUUUGGUCGCCGCCUGCCGGUGCUUGCCGCCGCCGCCUGGUCGCCGCCUGCAUCCUCGCCGUCGCGGCCUGCCGGUGCUCGCCCUUGCCGCCUGGUCGCCGCCUGCCGGUCCUCGCCGUCGCCGCCUGCCGGUGCUCGCCACCGCCGCCUGGUUGCCGCCUGCCGGUCCUCGCCGCCGUUUGGUCGCCGCCUGCCGCUCCUCGCCGUCGCCGCCUGCCGGUGCUCGCCGCCGCCACCUGGUCGCCGCCUGCCGGUGCUCGCCGCCGCCGCCUGGUCGCCGCCUGCCGGUCCUCGCCGUCGCCGCCUGCCGGUGCUCGCCGCCGCCGCCUGGUCGCCGCCUGCCGGUGCUCGCCGCCGCCGCCUGGUCGCCGCCUGCUGGUCCUCGCCGUCGCCGCCUGCCGGUGCUCGCCGCCGCUGCCUGGUCGCCGCCUGCCGGUGCUCGCCGCCGCCGCCUGGUCGCCGCCUGCCGGUCCUCGCCGCCGCCGCCUGCCGGUGCUCGCCGCCGCCGCCUGGUCGCCGCCUGCCGGUCCUCGCCGCCGUUUGGUCGCCGCCUGCCGGUGCUCGCCAUUGCCGCCUGGUCGCCGCCUGCCGGUCCUCGCCGUCGCCGCCUGCCGGUGCUCGCCACCGCCGCCUGGUCGCUGCCUGCCGGUCCUCGCCGCCGUUUGGUAGCCGCCUGCCGGUCCUCGCCGUCGCCGCCUGCCGGUGCUCGCCGCCGCCGCCUGGUCGCCGCCUGCCGGUGCUCGCCGCCGCCGCCUGGUCGCUGCCUGCCGGUCCUCGCCGUCGCCGCCUGCCGGUGCUCGCCGCCGCCGCCUGGUCGCCGCCUGCCGGUGCUCACCGCCGCCGCCUGGUCGCCGCCUGCCGGUGCUCGCCCCCGCCGCCUGGUCGCCGCCUGCCGGUCCUCGCCGUCGCCGCCUGCCGGUCCUCGCCGCCGUUUGGUCGCCGCCUGCCGGUGCUUGCCGCCGCCGCCUGGUCGCCGCCUGCCGGUCCUCGCCACCGCCGCCUGCCGGUGCUCGCCGCCGCCGCCUGGUCGCCGCCUGCCGGUCCUCGCCGCCGUUUGGUCGCCGCCUGCCGGUGCUCGCCAUUGCUGCCUGGUCGCCGCCUGCCGGUCCUCGCCGUCGCCGCCUGCCGCUGCUCGCCACCGCCGCCUGGUCGCCGCCUGCCGGUCCUCGCCGCCGUUUGGUCGCCGCCUGCCGGUCCUCGCCGUCGCCGCCUGCCGGUGCUCGCCGCCGCCGCCUGGUCGCCGCCUGCCGGUGCUCGCCGCCGCCGCCUGGUCGCCGCCUGCCGGUCCUCGCCGUCGCCGCCUGCCGGUGCUCGCCACCGCCGCCUGGUCGCCGCCUGCCGGUCCUCGUCGUCGCCGCCUGCCAGUGCUCGCCGCCGCCGCCUGGUCGCCGCCUGCCGGUCCUCGCCGUCGCCGCCUGGUCGCCACCUGCCGGUCCUCGCCGCCGUUUGGUCGCCGCCUGCCGGUGCUCGCCGUCGCCGCCUGGUCGCCGCCUGCCGGUCCUCGCCGUCGCCGCCUGGUCGCUGCCUGCCGGUCCUCGCCGCCGUUUGGUCGCCGCCUGCCGGUGCUCGCCGUCGCCGCCUGGUCGCCGCCUGCCGGUCCUCGCCGUCGCCGCCUGCCGGUGCUCGCCGCCGCCGCCUGGUCGCCGCCUGCCGGUCCUCGCCGCCGCCGCCUGCCGGUGCUCGCCGCCGCCGCCUGGUCGCCGCCUGCCGGUCCUCGCCGUCGCCGCCUGCCGGUGCUCGCCGCCGCCGCCUGGUCGCCGCCUGCCGGUCCUCGCCGUCGCCGCCUGAUGUCGCCAGGAAACGGUUUCGGCACCUCUGUGACAGAGCUGACUAG